ACUGUCAUCCCUAGGGUAUUAUGCUGACAUUUUCAUUUGUUUAUAUUGAGCACUUUACACAAACGAAGAUGCAAUAAUUUGUCUACGCUGCAAUUCUCAAGGAAGAAAGUACAAUUCAAUAUUUUAACGCAAUUGUAAAUAUGGCCGGGUUUGUAGCAGUCCACACUGGUGCUGGAAAUUGCAUAGAUGAAACCAAAUACCAGCGCGUUAUCAAAGAAGCCUGUGUACGAGCCACAGACAUACUUAAAAAUGGUGGUUCCGCAAUGGACGCAGUUGAGGCGGCGAUAAUGCGUCUCGAAAAUUGUGGCAAUACUAAUGCCGGGUUCGGGUCCAACCUCUGUUGGGAUGGGCGAGUGCAAUGUGAUGCAUCCAUAAUGAAUGGUUCGAAUUUACAUUUUGGAGCCUGCACAAACGUGAGUACAGUACGAAAUCCGAUACGAUUAGCUCGUUUGAUAUGCGAUGGGCAGUCAACUAUGCUAUCAAUGGAGCGCAUACCGCCAAUGGUAAUGGCUGGUAGUGGCGCAGAAAGGUAUGCUGAAGAACUAGGUUGCACGAUGAUCGACGCCAGCGCCAUGAUUUCUUCCAAGGCAAAAUUCUCAUAUAACCACUAUAAAUCUAAAAUAGCGGCAGUAUCACCCGCAGCAGAAGGAACCACUAGCACAAGUAAUGGGAUGUCAACGUUACCAGUUGUCUCAGCUCAAGUUAGUGCCCUUGAUACUGUUGGAGCAGUGUGUGUGGAUAGUAACGGGAAUACAGCUGCUGGUUGCAGCUCUGGUGGACUAUUAUUGAAGGUGCCAGGACGCGUGGGUCAGGCAGCCACCUAUGGUGCAGGUUGCUGGGCCACUAACACCAAUGAAAUCUCUGUAGCGACUUGUACCACCGGAAAUGGUGAAUAUUUAAUGAAAACAUUUUUGGCGAGAGAAAUUUGUGGAGAUUUGCUAGCAACUGAUUGUGCUGUAACAAGCUUACAUAAGAGUUUUAAAUGCAAAUUUUUGGAGUCACCAUUUCUUCCUGUCGAUCAAGAAUUGUAUGCGGGCGCGCUCUCGCUGAUCUAUUAUCCGCAAGGUAACACUGGUGAAGUUCUAUGGAGUCACACAACGAAAUCUUUUUGUGUGGGAUACAUGUCCACACAACAGAAGGCGCCGAAGUUUAUUUAUUCACCACUGCCAACAUAUAGUAUGCCAGGCAGAUCGUGUGUCGUCAAUGGGCAUAAUUUCCAUUUACAUGUCUAGUCGCCGGCAGCGCAGCUACUGUAGCCGCCGUUACUAAUGAGAGCAUUUAUUGAGAUUGCUAGCGCUGCAUACAUAUAUUCGUCAUUCUUUAUUUCCGUACUUUAUUGGGUAACUACAUGUUUAUUUAUGCAAAACAUUACAGUUCGGCAAGACGAAGAUAAAAAUAAAUAAAAUCCAUUUUACAUUCACAUACAUAUUUAAAAUAAGAAGAAAUAAGCACAAUUGUGAUUUAAAAGUUUCAAUUGGAAGUAAUAUUUAUUCAUUAGUUGUGAACUUACGAUGUAUGUAAAGUUUGCACUAAAUUAAAAAGGCGAUUUAUAAAAGAUAAAUGCAUAUAAAAAUAUAUGUGUAUAUAAAACAUUUAACAUAUAUAGCAUGUAUAUAAUAUUCAUAGCCAUUUUAACUAAAAAAUAUUUUUGAAUUUAAUUGUGAGAAACUGCUUUUAAUUUGCCAAAGCGAAUAGUGACCAUAGCCUCGAUCACAUUAAUGUAGACAAUUAUAGUUUAUAAUUUUUCAUUUAUGUAAGUAUGUACUUAAUACUCGUCAUGUCUGUGUCUAUUAUAUUAGAUGAAGGCAAAUAUGGUAUUUUGAACGAUUACAAUAUAUAAUGUAUUUUGUAGUAUUAUGUCAAUGUUAUGCUUUUUCUAUGUAUAAACUAAGAAAUGUAUGCAUUUAUACUUACGAAAUCAUUUUAUGUUGUCUAACUAAUCACUUAAAUGUUAAGGUAGCCUAACGCCAUGUAGUUCUUUCGUUGUAGCGUACGUUUGGAAUAGCUUUAAAAUAGUUGUAAUUUAUUUGUAUAAUUAUUAUUAUUUUGUAAUGCUUUUCAAAUUCUAUGUUGUUUAUGCAGAAAAGAAACUUCAUGUGCGUAGUUUUUAAGAAACAAUGCAAAUAAAAUAUUGACAAUAAAUGUAUCGUCACUACACACAAAUAAAGGCGCGCUAGUGUUUUGACGGCGAAAAAAGACGCUUAAAGAAAACUUCGCCGAAGAAAGACGUAAAACCUAGUUGACGGCGAAGAAGGACGCGUUAACACAGAUGUAUACCUGUAGCUCAUUUCUGUAACAAUUCUCUACCAAGGCGAAUUGAGAUAUAAAUUCGCUGCGCUGUUCUCUACUGCUAAUGAGUAGUAGAGAAUGAUGUAUAUUCUCUAUCACUAGAGAAAUAAUCGGUAGAGAAGAGUUACAGAAACGAGCUACUGGCCAUGGACUGUCGUUUCAGAAUCAUUCCAAAAAAACUCUUUGGGGAAUUUACAUACUGUUACAUACACAUAGUCGACCGCGAAAAUAAGGGGCUUGUUCGAGUUGCAAUCACAACCGCAGUGUAGCGCGAAUUAUUAAAGUAUCACGUUCGGUCUGAAUUUCUAGCAAACGUAUUGUAAGUUGGGCAGUUGCAACAGCGUUGCAAAUUUUCAUCAGUGCAGUAGUAAUGCCGCUUUUAUUACGUGCCUCGAACAGGACCAAGUUUACGGGUCUUUCUUCGCCGUCGAAUAUUGUAACGCGUCUUGCUUCUCCGUCAACUAUGUUAAGAGUCUAUCUUCGCUGAAGUGUUUUUACGCGUCUUUUUCGCGGUCAACUUUUGAGCUUCGUGUCUAGUGACGGUAUGUAGUAGUUAUAAAAUAAUUGUGUCACAGCUUAAGUUUUCUCUAUAUGUGUAUGUUUAUAAUAAGAAAUGGGAAAUAUACAUGUUUUGGAAAAUUAUAAUUAUUUAUAUUCGAAGGAAUAAUACAUAUGUUCAGUCCCGCAUAAAAUUAUUGUAAAAUUUUUGGCUUUAAAUUUUUUUUCGCGGAAACUUGAUAAAAAUAUAGUAAAUACUUCAACAAAAAACAUUUCUUCAAAAAACUUAACUUUGCGCAAAACUCAUGAAAUUAAACGCGGUUUUUAGCAACUAUAAACUUGCCCCUUAUAUUUUAAAAUUUAAUGGCCAACAAAAUUACUUUAUCAAAAUUUUUCUA